AUGAAGGACAGUCAUGCGAGCCGUUUGCGAGGGUGUCGAAAAGGAUUCAGCACGAUUGACCACAUUCACAAUGUUUCGAAACUCUUCGAGGUAUCAGGAGAGUACAAGAUGGCGCUCUGCCUCACCUUCAUCGACUUGAAGAAGGCCUUCGACUCAGUUGAGACGGAAGCGGUCAUGGGAGGAAAGGACAACCAAGGCGUCCCUACUCAGUACAUGAAGCCUCGACAACGCAAUGCGAAAGUUGGAACGGGACGACAUGAAGACAUGAGAGUGAAGGUUGAUGGUCGGCAGCUACACCAUUUGCGCUUUGCUGAUGACAUCGUACUGAUGACACCUUGCAUCAGCCAAGCGGAACGAAUGCUGACCGAAUUCGACGAAACAUGUGGACGCAUCGGCCUUCAGCUGAAACUACAAAAGACGACGUUCAUGCGCAACGGUUGGGUCUGGGAUGCUCCAUUCACGCUCAACGGAACGAACAUAUUCGAAUGCACCAGCUACGUUUAUCAGGGUCGGGAAUUAAACAUGAAGAACGAUGUGACCUCCGAGCUGGGCAGGAGGAGAAAAGCGGCUUGGGGAGCGUAUAUCAUCGAGGAUGUAGUGAAAAAGACCGAGAACACCCGGCUCCGUGCUCACCGCUUCAACAGCAUCGUACUUCCUGCUUUGACCUAUGCUUCGUAA